ACAGUGAAACAAAAGACGUGCCAAGGUGCAAGAGCAAAUGCACUUAGAUUUGGACCACAGUAGUUCCUGCUGGGGUGUUGUCUUUAGUUGUCUUUGGCAAAGGUCAUAAGAUUUUGUCAACGUUGUGCAAUUACUUUUCUGGCUAGCAAGACAAACAUGGGAAAGAAAUCCAAACGAAACAAGAGCAAGGGACCUUCUUCUGCUGGAGAUGCGCCAUCUCGUCCGGCUCCAGCCCUUCGCAAGGACGACAAUAAAGAGGAGGUUGAAACGAAGGAUAAUUUGCGCUUUGAAGAUCCCUUUGUCGAUGAAGUCGAAGAGGAUGAUGUCCUACAAGACGAUGAUGGGUACGAUGAUGAAGACGCAGAAAUGAACGACAAUGAAGUUGUUCAAUCCUGGAAUCCCCUGACAGGAGAGGCUUUGGCAGAGGGCCAAGAAUUGGAAAUGGACCCUUCCGCCUACAAGAUGUACCAUGGUCUGACCCCCGAAUGGCCCAGCUUGAGCUUUGAUUUUUUGCGGGAUGACUUGGGAGAAUCUAGAACAAGAUUUCCACACACACUGACUGCGGUAGUGGGAACCCAAGCAGCCAAUCCGGAUGAAAAUCAAAUCACAGUCAUGAGAUUGAGUGAUUUAGCUCGAAUUCAUAUGGAAACAGAAGAUGAUAUUUUGGGGGAAGAAUACAACCCCAAUGGAGGCAAUGAUGAUGAUGACGACGAAGAAUCGGAUGAUGAAGAAGCUGUCGAGUCAGACCCAGUUUUGGAAAGUUUUUCUAUUCCGCACCAUGGCGGUGUGAACCGAAUACGGGCCAUGCCCCAAAAAACAAAUAUUGUGGCCACGUGGAGUGAUUCUGGAAAUGUCAGCCUUUUUGAUGUGGAACCCAUCGUCAGCAAGUUUUCCAGCAAGGGACCGAAACAAUCUGCUUCUACGACUUCUUCCUCGGAAAUAAAGCCCUUCUUUGUGCAUUCCAAGCAUCCCACUGAGGGCUACGCCAUUGAUUGGUCCCCCGUCAAACAAGGUAUCAUGGCCACUGGUGAUUGUGCUGGCAAUAUUCACAUUUGGACUCCUCGAUCCGAAGGCAGCUUUGAGGUGGUUCCUGCCUAUGAUUCCAAGACGUAUGCGGCAGGCCAAAGUACCGAACAUCCUUCCGUGGAAGAUAUACAGUGGAGUCCCACGGAAGCCACAGUGUUUUGCACAGCCGAAUGUGGUGGUUAUGUUCGUGUGUUUGACACUCGGGCACCCAAUCGCGCCAUGUUGAGUCACAAGAUUCAAUCCGAUGGAUCCGAUGUCAAUGUGGUUUCCUGGAACAAAUUGGUGACCAACUUGUUGGCGUGUGGUGGUGACGAUGGUGUCUUGUCCGUUUGGGAUUUGCGUCAUUUUUCGGGUGGAAGCAAACCAGAUCCUCUGGCACGAUUUACCACGCACAAAACACCCAUUACAUCCGUCGAGUGGCAUCCUAGCGACGAAUCCAUGUUGGCAGCUAGCGAUGACGUGGGAACCUAUGUAUAUGAUUUGUCCGUGGAAGAAGAUGACAAUGCGGGAGAAGUCGAUGUCCCACCCCAACUUUUGUUUGUCCACUGCGGGAGUGAGCAGUUCAAGGAAGUGCAUUGGCAUCCUCAGAUUUCGAGUUGUCUCAUGACAACGGCAUUGAGUGGGUUUUCCACGUUCAUCCCAUCUAAUCUGUAGAGUACCGCUGCUACUAGUAACAAUGUCUACUCAACUAGUCAACACAUGCUUAGCUUUGUUUAUAGUUGGGGCACGCAGCCAAUGUUCUUUCGGAAC